AUGAACAGUCCAAUGGAAGAGGAGUCCGAUGGCUCUUCUCCGUCUUCCAAUACUAAUAACAACGUUGCUAGCGGAACUACUUCUAAUAAGCAUAGAGGCACCAGCAACCAACACCAUAACGACAGAAAUGGUAGCAUUGCCAUGGGUACUCGAGCGAGAGGUUCCAACGCCCAGAGACGCAGCACAGCACUCGAGCUGCAGGACUGUGAAGACGCACUGGAGCAUAUCGUCAUGACGGGAAAUCACUUUCGUCAUCGGGCAUGGAGAAUUGACACUUGGAAGAAACGCAAUAAAUCACAGUCAGAAAACAAAGACAGAAAUUCUGCUACUGUUGAUGAUGCUGAUGGCAGUGGAGGACAACAACGUACUAAUCUCCAAGAUGGUUCGGAAGAAUCAGAUCGGAGAAAGAGCAGACCCACCAAAAAGAGAAAACGGAACCAUGAUGAAGACGAAGCUUCUAUUUCUCACUCGGACCAAGAAGGUCAAGACAGCAGUGAUGAUGGGAGCAGUACGGAGAAGGCCAAAGACACAAAAGGCAAUGCACUGCAUCUGUUGCAUGGAGAUGAUAUUCGCCUUUAUGGACACGCUAGUGGGUGUGCGGCCGAUCCAUGGCCCCGUGAUUUGCGCGGUGGUCGACGAAAUCGGUACAAAGACAGGGCUGGCAACGAGGGUGGUAUCGAUGCACCUUGGAAUGAGCAAUUUGGGGAUUCCAUUCCCUUGUUCGAGUUUACCAGAGAUCGCUUAUCUACAGUGGUGCCCAGCAACACAACAACAACAACAACAACAAUAGAUGAUUCCACAACGCCCUUUUCAGGCUGCAAAGAGACCGAGGCAUUGCUAGUUCCAGAGAGAAUGAGACAGUUGGAUCCAGACACGGUCCGGUGUACCGUUGAUCGAAACCACGUCCCACGAGCAUUGCUCCUGCGCUGUUGGCAGAGAGCGGUCGAUAUUGCUUCUCAAUCCACGCUAGUACAACCUACUGGGUCCUCUACUAAUAACCAUGAUGUACAGUUCCAUACCACGGAUACUACUACCGAUGCCACGCGUCGGAUGCAACUACAGAAAUCGGCGCAACAACGAUGCAUAGAGUUGACCAUUGAAAAGUAUCCCUGGGGGGCACCCAGGGAACCGCCCUACCAAUGCCGUCUCUGCACCGCCGAAUUUGAGUCUAUGGAUGCUCUCAAGAAGCACUUUUAUGGAUCGGAUCACGUCCGCGGCUGCUCCUGGUCGGAAAUCCAUGCCAAACAACGACAAAUGAUCUCGGAUGUAUUGGUCCAGGAAAUUGAUGGGCAAGCACAAGCGUUGGUGCAGUUGGUCAUGAACAAGGCUCUAGAGAGGAAACUCACGAUGAUUGAUGACAAGGCAGGGAACGAAGCACCAAAACGUCAAAAGAAAGGGGACCAGCAACCACAACCAAAACAGCCAGAGUUAUUCAACUGGAAAGAUGUCUUGGGCUUUUUGAAUGAAGUCAUGGCCACCUCACAAGAGAGUCAACAAGUGGUAGACGACGACGACAAUGACAACAAUACUGAGCAGAGCGACGACGGUAGCGCCAAUACUACGGUACCAGAAAUACAAAAGACUCUCAAGUACCAGAAUGGAUUGGCACCGUUGGUCCUGAACCAACAAGUUCUAAAUGCAUCAUCCUCGUGGUUGAUAGAACGAUAUGCGGAUGUUCCCAAAUAA